AUGGAGAAUGAGGGGCGCGAACGCAUUGAUGAUGAGAUGAUGGUAGUUGUAGAAAAAUUGAGGAACAUUACUGAACAUUUGCGCAAGCUUCAGCUCCAUAAUGCGGCCAAUACUAUCUCAAAGCACACUCACGAUAUCAUCGAGGAGUUUGGUGAAGUCAUGUCGAAGCUCACAGACUCCGAGAUCGUGAUGCAUCCUGCAGUAAAGCAGGCCAACCGUCUCAAUGGCAACGUAGGUGCGAACGAGAGCCACGAUGAACGCGGGAAGAUUCAAGUGCAAGUUUGCAAGUCGAAGGAAAAGAGCCUCCUUGACUUGGCGUCUUCUCCACCGGCUCCUCUGCAGGCUAAUCUGUGGGCAAAGAUAGCAGUCGCAGCUCCCCCUCAGGCCGUCCGUCAAACCAAUGGAUUCCACAGCAUGACUCCACCCAAAGCCGAGACCACAGCAAUUCCACUGGUCCCUAUCCGCCCUGUUGUGCAAGCGUUGUUGUCACACCCAGCCAUGCCGCCGCAACCAGCUCCUCCUACAAGGGGACGACGGACUGGGAGAGCCGGCAUCAUAAUCGUCGAGGGCAAAUUUACACUCGGCAGCUUGAACAAGCUUACCGCGAGGAUCUGCGAGGGUGCGCUCUACAGCGUUGAGAUCCACCAUCACACGGGGUUCGCGGAGAUCAUCUUCCAAAACGCCAUGCACGCGAAAGAAUUCCUGGCCAAGGACAAGUACACGAUGGAGAACACGGGCUUUGGCCGUUUCGGGAAGGGCUUCACGGUCAGGCACGAUAGGUAUAAGGAGCGGGGAUGGGAUGCGGAUUUGGAGAAGAUGGCGAAUGGCAAUCGGGAGAGGCGUCGAUUGACGUUUGUUCGCCCCAAGUUGUUGGAAAGGCCCGAUUCGUUUCGGGCGCUGGAGGAGGAGCUUGAGCGGAUGGCUGGGCCCGAGGGGAUUGAUUUCGUGUGGAAGUUCAAUGCGGGGAAUGUGACUGCCGUCUUCAAGAGUGUUAGGACGGCCAGGCUUGUCCGCCAUCGUUUCCUGGAAAUGGCAUCCAAGCACCGGUGUCAGUUUGCGGGCGUCAGUGUUGACUACUCUGCCGAUCCGUGCGAAAAGCAAUUGACUUUGACACAAAACGGGGUGAGAGCGCGGCCCUAG